AUGAAUGGCACUGAAGGGCCCAACUUUUAUGUCCCCAUGUCUAAUAGGACUGGGGUGGUGCUCAGCCCAUUUGAGCACCCUCAGUACUACCUGGCUGAGCCUUGGAAGUACUCUCUUCUGGCUGCAUACAUGCUGUUCCUCAUCAUCACGGCCUUCCCCGUUAACUUCCUCACCCUUCAUGUCACCGUCAAGCACAAAAAGCUGAGAAACCCUCUGAACUACGUUCUGCUCAACCUGGCGGUGGCCGACCUCUUCAUGAUAGUCGGAGGCUUCACGGUCACCCUGUACACGGCCCUGCACGGGUUCUUCAGCUUAGGUGUCACCGGCUGCAAUAUUGAAGGGUUCUUUGCCACGUUAGGAGGAGAGAUUGCCCUCUGGUCUCUGGUGGUUCUGGCCAUUGAGCGCUACAUUGUGGUCUGUAAGCCAAUGAGCAACUUCCGCUUCGAGGAAAAACACGCCAUCGCUGGCCUGGCAUUCUCCUGGGUCAUGGCCCUGACCUGUGCUGCCCCACCUCUCUUUGGAUGGUCCCGGUACAUCCCAGAGGGAAUGCAGUGCUCCUGUGGGAUUGACUACUACACUCCCAAGCCUGAGAUCAACAACACCUCAUUCGUCAUCUAUAUGUUUGUCCUUCACUUCUGCAUCCCCCUCUUCAUCAUUUUCUUCUGCUACAGCCGCCUACUCUGCACCGUGCGAGCGGCUGCAGCUCUACAGCAGGAGUCUGAAACCACCCAAAGGGCAGAGAAAGAAGUGACGCGCAUGGUCGUUGUCAUGGUGAUCUCCUUCCUGGUGUGCUGGGUGCCCUACGCCUCCGUGGCUUGGUACAUCUUUGCCAAUCAGGGAACGGAGUUUGGACCAGUGUUCAUGACGGCGCCGGCCUUCUUCGCCAAGAGUGCCGCUCUGUACAACCCAGUCAUCUACAUUCUGCUGAACAGACAGUUUAGGAACUGCAUGAUCACCACAGUGUGCUGUGGAAAGAACCCAUUUGGAGACGAUGAGACCGCCGCCACUGUGUCCAAAACCCAGACUUCAUCCGUCUCCUCCAGCCAGGUGGCCCCUGCUUGA